CCCCAUGGAUAAGGCGGGCUCGCUGCACACCUCGGUGCCCACACCGCCUCCUCGGCUCUACCUGCCUCGCAACUUCAGCUGCAGCGCCUGCCUCUAUGGCAGCCUGGCCGAGCAGUGCAGGGCGGGCUGCAGCCCCGAUGGCGACGCUGUACCCCCGCCCGUGGUGCGGGAAGCGGCGGGCGAGAAGCCGAAGCCACAGCCCCGCGGCCGGGAGCCCGCGCUGCCCGCCGUGCCGCCCAGCCCCACGCAGCGCCGCCGCGCCAAGUCAUUGCCCACGCCCGGCGACCGCAGCCUGCGCCCGGCGCUGCAGCAGAGCCCGUCCCGCCGCAAGACGGUGCGGUUCGCCGACUCCCUCGGCCUGGAGCUCACCUCCGUGCGCCACUUCUGCGAGGCCGACCUGCCGCAGGUGCCGCUGCCCGCUCCGCCGCCGCCGCGCACCGCAGACCUCUUCAAGACGAGGAAGCCACCGGCGCUGGGCGACUUGGAGCCGGUGCUGUUCGGCCCGCCGCCGCCGCUGCUGGAACCGCUCUUCCCGCCGCAGCCCGGCUCCAGCCCCGGCUUCACGGAGCGGGUGCGGCAGCACAAGGUGAGGUUGGAGUGGGUGCGGGCCGAGCCGGCGGGGCUGCGCGGCGCCGUGCGCGUCCUCAACCUCGCCUACGAGAAGGCCGUGACGGUGCGCUACACGCUCAACAGCUGGGCCAGCUGCGCCGAGGUGCCCGCUGCCUACCAGGCACCCGGCCCGGCGGACGGCAUCACCGACCGCUUCACCUUCCUCCUGCCCCUGGGCGCUGCCGCCGCCGCCGUCGAGGCCGUGCUGGAGUUCGCCGUCCGCUACCGCGUCGCCGGCGCUGAGUAUUGGGACAACAACGAGGGCAAGAACUACCGGCUGCGGGGCCGGCAGCGCGGCCCGCCCGCCACCGGCCCGCCGCAGGACCCCGACAGCUCCGCCUGGAUCCACUUCAUCUGAGGCGCGGAGGUAGCGCGCAGCCCCGGGAGGCCGGCUGGCCGGUCUCGCGGAGGGCUGAGGCACUGCGGGUGCCCCUCACGGGAGCUCACGGCGCCUCUCCGGCCUGGCCGGCUCUCUGCCCACCCGGGGUCCGCGGCCCAGCGCAGGCCCCAGCUUCCAGCCGCUUCUCUGUAAGUCGCCGGGAGGUACCUUCCUGAAUUCUGUUUACAGACGGAUAAUUUAUAUCCUCUAUCCCGCCAGCAAAGCCGAGGGGAUGAAUGCCCGAGGGGAUGCCCUCGGGGCUGCCGCAGCGGCUCCAGGCGGGAGCCGGUUUCCUCCAUGGUCUCCCGGUGCGCCGCGGCUCUCUCCGGAGAGGGGAGGCCGCAGGGCACUGACAAUUCCCUGGUCAGGAUCAGGAUCCGCGGGUGCAGACACACGCUGCCGGUCAGCACCCGUUACAGCCCCCUCAGCAGGGUCAGGCUGUGUAACGCGCAGGGCGGUGUCGGAGGGCAUCGCCCAGCCGCUUUCCUUCCCUAAUCCUGCUUAAGCAAAGCCCGGCUCCGGUGAGCUGCUGGAUCCGUGUUCAAAGCCUCCCUGGCCCACCCGUGUGGGGUGGGCCUGAUAGGGCAGGGUUUAGGGUCAAAUGCAGUUUUGAACCCAAAGACACAUGAGUACGGAUGCCCCCAGGUCUAGCUGUGUUACAUCAUGCUGCGAUGGGAUUAAUUAUAGUUUUACUUUUUUUUUUCUUAUUUUGAACCCUGUUUCAUGUGUUUAAACUUAUUUAGAAAAGCAAAAUAAGGUCACCCACUAACUGAAAUGCAACACACUGAGGGAUUUUAAAAAGCAAGUGUUCUGUUUUAAAAUUCAUAUGGUAUGUUGUCAUAAAGGUUUGUCAGGAUCUCUUUGUUUCAGUAAGAUCGAUUCCGUGAAGAUGCUUGACCUGAGCUCAGUGGGAAGGGUGUGGAAUUGCACCAAAGGAACUAGAGAUUGCAAGAGCUAAAGUCAUAAUUCCAGUCUACGUCCGAAGACUUUCCAUUCUAUUCCUGUUAACAGUUUAGUUGAAUUUCUUGUGCCAUGGCAUCAAUGCAGUAGCCUACUUUCUGAAAAACAAAUGCUUCAAAUGUUUCAUAAUUUAGUAAGUCUCAGAUUUCACAAAACUGCCUAAAGUUAGUCAUUCAAACGGAGGAAAGCCAUAGCUUGCCAUAUAAAAAGUACGUCAAUAAAAAUUACAGAGCAUGCUGACUUCUGCCUUCAAAGGUAUACUUUAAAUUAGCAUUUCAUUAGCAGCAAACAGUAUUUUCCCUUUUAAACUUGCUUUUUCAGGAGUUUAGCUGAACACAGGUUGUGCUGCUGCCAAAUCUUGAGUGCAUGUGUUUGCAGGAGAGGGACCUCUACAAAUCCAACAUCUGAGAGUGGUAAAACCAAUGUCAGUGUGAUCUUCUGAUUAUGAAGGGCUGUCAGAUCAGGCCUUUAAAGUCUUGGAUCUUUUGUAGAUUGUUUAGGAAUUAAAUGUGGUUUUUAACUGCAUUUUUAUGUUCUGCAAAAGGGUUAUGUGUCCCAGACAUCUUGAGUAAUGUCAUGUUCUCAUAGAACCUUUUCACUUCAGUGGGAACUGAAGCACUUUUGUCUCCUGCGGGUCUAGUUUAGUCAGGAUAAUUGCCCUAAUAAAUUCUGGGGGGAAAAAAGGUCUGGAAACUUGAUGGGAAAAGAGUGUUUCAUUUAAUGUUUCUAAGCCCUGAUUUAAUAGAAAUAAUAACAAAACUACUUUUUGUGGUAUUAUUAACUUGGUUUUAAAUCCCCAGUCAGUUUUCUAAUUCCAGCUUUUUUAAUAGAAAGAGAAUAUAAACCAAAUGUGCAGUAAACAUCUACUGAGUAUUUAAUAGUUUAGAAUAUUAAGGCCCCUCUCUCAUAAUAAAGUAAUCCUACAUAUUGCUAGUACACAUUUAUAAAGCUAAAAUUGCUGAAUUAGGGUUUCAAAAUGUUCAUGAUUAAAGCAUAUUAAGUGGUGUAUUUGAUGAAGAAAGCCAAGUGUCUUUUAGUUAAACCUAUUUUUUUUACAAGAGCCUUAAUACUGGAGAGAAGGAAAAAGACUUGCCUCCAUUUGAAAGCACUUUGAAAUCUGGUGGAAAUAGAGCAGAGCAUCUUUUUAUUUAGUGUUAUAGCUUUCCAAAACAUGUUUUGCUUGGCCUUUUUACCCCAAAACUAAACCAAGAACUGUUAUGUAAAUUGAUGAAAACACUUGGAGAAAUAGUUUCUGUGCAUUUUAGAUUAAGAUUUAACAAGAUGUCUUUUCUGUUUUAAUGGCUUUAGAAAUGGUGCUAAAACCAUUUUUAACAGUAACUCUAAUUCUAGAACUUCAAAAUUAUCUUCUAAUGGAUGGCAGUUGUCAUUGUCAGUUUGAUUUGUGCAGCAUCUGCAGGUAUGUAAGCACUUAAAAAUCUCCCUAUAGCAACUGUGGCUUAAACUCUUUGAAUCUGGAGUACCUACAUGGAUGUACACGCAUCAAGUACACUAGCAAGUUGUUGAGUUACCCUCCUUUUUAUCAUGGCUUAGGUGAAAUUAAUCUUGGUCUCUGUUGAAAUGUUCUAAGCAGAAUUGAGCUACGGCUUUGUAAUUCUGUUCAGGGAUUGUUGCUCUAUAAUUUAUUCCCCCCUUUGUUAUACAUGGGUCUGAAUAUUAACCAUUUUGAGGAUGCAGAGUACCAGAGCAGCAUUUUGCAAAACAGAGUCUCAAGCAGUUAAGCCUGUCAUCGUCACUAAAUUUUGAAAGUAACAAUAUGGGUUUGAACAUGAUCACAGAUUGUCGAUUUGUGGAAGUCCAGUAAAAGACAUGGCCUCCUGGAAGCAUUUAGAAACACCUGCUUUUUAAAGUCUGGAAGGGUAAGGUGGUGCCUGGUCAGCUUUGACUGGAGAAUGUUAUUGAUGAAGUCUGUGGAAGAAGUUCGCAGUGUUUUAAUAGAAAUUUAUCAGGUAUGUGUCAAAGCUGCCCUGCUUUGAUUACAUAUUUUUCAGUUCUAUCAUAUUAAUCUAUUUCCAUGUGAGAUUUAUUCAGAUUUCCUAGCACUUAUCCAGUGUUCAGUUGCAAUGACCAUGAUUGCUUUUUCCCCUUGCAGAAUGCAUGUACAGUUUCCAGUCCUUUAGUCUUCAACCUGGUGUUAUCUAUGUGUGGCUUGCUAGAAGCAUUGCGAUCAGUGGAGAUGAAAUAAGGAUUCAAAAGAAUAAUUAUAUAAUAUUUACAUAAAUGGUGACUCUGAGGAGAAAAACCUGGACAGGAUAGUUUUCAAGUUGGUGGGACAGCAACCAUUUUAACAGGAGCUGGAGCAAACCAACUUUUUAAUAUCACAUUUCUAAAGAAUAUAGUUCUAUAAAAUGCACUGUCACAGGCAAAGCAAAAUAUGUGAAGAUUUUCAAUCCAACCUUUUUCUGGAGAAUAUGUCAGCUCUUUGUAUUUUUAUAUGCAUGAAUAGAGCCUGUGCCACCUUCCUUUCCAAGUGAUACUAGAAUGGUUUAGGCAAGGAAAUAAUCCUUAGGUUGUAUACUUCACUUUUAAGUGAGUUAUUCAUUGCUUAUGUCUCUGCGGAUGUAAAAAUGUGUCUGUCAUUAAUUGUGCAAAGUUGUAGCUCUAUGAGAUGUGCCACAGUGUUUUAUGUGCACUAUAAAGAUACUUUAUAGAGUGGGUCAAAUUGUACUGUAUGUCUGAUAUACAUUGAUGUUUGCUGCUUCACACCAAAACUGGUAGAUAUUUUGCAUGGGAUUCUAUGCCUUUCAUGGCAGUAUUUUUGAAUUCUACCUAUAUUGUUAGAAAUCCUAAAAGGAAUCAGAACAAUUAAGUGACUGCAAAUGGAAUUUCAGCUAGCUAAGCAUAUUAUUAAUUAGCAAAAAAAUUGAAACUGUUGCACUCAUUUUCAAUAAAUGCAUACACUUUCAGGUAGAAUAUAUUUUUCUCAUUUUACCAUUAGCAGGUAACUUUUUGAUGCGGAUAUGUGUGCCUCAGUAAACAAGAAAAUCAGUGCACACUUUCUGUUGUUUCAGCAUAUGUGAAGGAAAAAUGUAUCACUUGAAUGAACAAAUGUCUGCUCAUGCGUACACAUGAUCUCUUUACAGAGACAUGAAAUGCUUUUCUAUAGCGUCAACAGGCAAACAUCUUCUAAUCCUAUAUUUUAAUGUAACCUACAGAAAUACUUAGAACCUGCUUUUUAACAUAAUAUCAAAUAUAUAUUGAAAUUUUUAUGUGCCUUUCAACAUUUCCUAGGAAGAAAUCUCAUGGGUUCCCUAGUUCUCUCUCCAAAAGCCCAAUAAUGUUUUUAUCAUUAAAAUUAAAUUUGUACUAAAAAUAUAAUAAUUCUAAUUCAUGAUGCAUUUUCAGCUGUGCCAGAAAUCCUGUAACAGCCAGAAGGAUUUGCUAAUAUUUUCCUGUCUUACAGUGAAAGAAAUGACAGUCAGAAAUCUGUCUUCCUGGUACACCUCUACAGUUAUGUAGUUAAGUAAAAAACCCCAAAACUGUGACUAUAGUUAAUAUAACAAAAUAUAUUUAUUGUAUAUAUUAACCUCUUACACAGAUAUUAUGAAUAUAUAUUCUAUCUGAAAUCAGAAUUUCUAGUUUUUUAUUAACUCUAUUUGUGGAGACAUGGACUGUUCGGCUUUUACUGCUAUUUAUCUGAUGCUGCAUAAUGCAUACCAUGAAAACUUUUGGAUGGAUUUAAUCUGUCUGCACAGUUUAUAACAUGAGAUAAAAGUGCUCACUGUAAGAAAUAUCUGAAGAAAAUGGCUUUUACCUUCCAGUUAUUCUGCAUGGCUUUUUUGGCAAAUCUUCAUGAACUAAUUCUGUUUCAUGUAUGAACUUCACAUGUACCUAUUCUGAAUACAUGAAGGGAUUACUUACUGAAAUGAAAAUAUUUUUGAGCACUGAAAUUAAGGUUUUUCAAACAAGUAGUUCAAGGUAGGGAGUAAAUAUAGACGUUUGUGCUGUAAAAUACAGAACCCUAGCCUUAUGCAGAACUGAUCAGUGUUUUUCUAAAAUGGAAGAUGGUGACAUACAUAAAAUGAAACAUGUUCAGGGAAACAUACCUGUGUCAAUAGGAAGGUUUUCUCAGGUUCAGCUUAUAUGAGAGAAUUGCCCUAAAAUAGUUAAGUGGUCAGAAUACUUCCUAAAUCAGUGUAUGGACUUGAAUGUAUGUCUUCCAUAAUCAAAAUGAAUACUAGCUAUAAAACCACGGGCUAUUGGUUUAGCCAAUUUAUAAAUACAUGUUUUAAAUUCUUCUACAGAGAGGAUUUUUGACCCUGGAUUUCAUACAUAUUGUGUAUGAAUAUCCACCUCAUUCAUCUAUCCUGGGUUUUGUUUGAGCUUUCUGUUAUUGAAAAACGUCUGAUUUUAUUUUUAUGUGACACAGGAAGAUUAUUUUACAUUACAUUUUAAGGGGAUAAGACAGGAAGACCAUUUUCCUUUCAAUUUUAGGGUUUUUUUAUAUUAAACAAUAGCAUUCAGAAUAAAAAUGUGCUUGAAAUAAUAUACACUAGCGAUUCCAAAGAAUAUAGCUAAGAAAAAUGGCAAAUGUGAGAUAUGCUUUAAUAAAAUGUAUGUGCUUUGAUUUAGUAAGGCAGGGAGAAACUCCUAGUCUUCAGUGAAAGUGUAUUAAUGCUGGGGAUUUCUUUCUAUGCAAUAUUAUGGUGCACCUGGUUUUUUAGAAAUUAACUUGAUUGGUAUAGUUGGAUGUGUUGGUGUGUUGUCUGUAAAAUAUUCUGUUUAAAGUGUCAUUAAGGAAACAGUAUGUCUCAAAUAGUGUCAUAUUGUUAGGCUCUUUCUUGUCCAAUCUGACUUCACUAGAUCAUUAUCAUAGUCCUCUGAAUGACAGUAAGAAGACAGUAUUUCAUAAAAUUGAGUAAUGAAGUCUUACACAUUAUACUUCACUCUUUAUCACUUUUAGGAC